CCAACAACAACAACAACAAUAAGCCGCCGGCAGAUCCAGUAGUAAAAGAAUGUUAUGUUAGAUUACAAAAAACACGACGACGACUGAAUCGAUGGCCAACUACAACAACAAUAAGCCGCCGGCAGAUCCAGAAAUUAAAGAAUGUUUUGUAAGAUUACAAAACAUUGAUAAGAUAUAUUUGGAUGCCCUGGCCAUCGGUGGUCAACUAAUUAUCGAUGAUAUUACUGGCAAAUUCACAAUUGAAACAUCCGAUGACAAUCAACUGACCGCCGCCGCCGCCGUUGUCGUCCCCGUACGUAAAUCAUUGCGUAACAAACAACUAUUGGUGCCAAAAACAACUGUGCAGCCGACCACCAAUCAAAGAGAACGGUCGGUAAAAUGUAACGAUUGCCGAAAAAUAUAUAGAAAUUUAAAAAAUUUAAAUAGUCAUCGAUGUUCGGCAACCAAACUAAUGCCGACUAAAUUUAGACAAAUACAACCGCCAGAGUCGGCAUUAUUACCACCGAUGCCGGCGAAGCGACCUCUGAAGUCGACAAAUUCAAAGACGGCAACAAAAAAGCGGCCAAAAUCAGUGAUUAGCGAUACAAACAAUGUCGACAACAGUCCCGAACGGGAAUCACAACCCGAUGUUGUGAAUAUUAGCGCCGCCAACGAUACGAUUGCCGUCAAUGUCCUAAGCGAUGACAACAACAACAACGACGACACCGACAACGACAACACCGACGCCGGCAAUUCAGUGAAGCCGACUAUUAAUGAGCGAUGGGCCGAUAAGAAUCGCCAGAAGUGA